AUGGACGGCAUCAUCCCAGAUAUAGCAGUUGGUACGAAGCAGGGAUCUGAUGAGCUUUUCUCUACCUGUGUCACCAACGGACCCUUUAUCAUGAGCAGCAGCUCAGCCUCUGCAGCAAAUGGAAAUGACAGCAAGAAAUUCAAAGGGGACAGCAGGAGCACAGGGGUCCCGUCCAGGGUGAUCCAUGUCCGGAAGCUUCCGAGUGAUGUUACUGAGGGCACGGUCAUCUCCCUGGGGCUGCCCUUCAGGAAGGUCACCAACCUGCUGAUGCUGAAAGGGAAAAACCAGGCCUUCCUGGAUAUGAACACAGAGGAGGCCGCCAACACCCUGGUCAACUACUACACCUCGGUGACGCCCAUGCUGCGCAGCCAGCCUGUCUAUAUCCAGUUUUCCAACCACAAGGAACUCAAGACCAACAGCUCACCCAAUCAGGCACGGGCCCAGGCAGCCCUGCAGGCCGUCAACUCUGUCCAGUCAGGGAACCUGGCGCUGGCCGCCUUGACCGCCACUGUGGACACUGGGAUGGCUGUGGCUGGCCAGAGCCCUGUGCUCCACAUCAUCAUGGAGAACCUCUUCUACCCUGUGAUGCUCGACGUGCUGCACCAGAUUUUCUCCAAGUUCGGCACAGUCCUGAAAAUCAUCACCUUCACCAAGAACAACCAGUUCCAGGCGCUGCUUCAGUACGUGGACCCCAUGAGCACACAGCACGCCAAGCUGUCCCUGGAUGGCCAGAACAUCUACAACGCCUGCUGCACACUGUGCAUCGACUUCUCCAAGCUCACCAGCCUCAACGUCAAGUAAAACAACAACAAGAGCCGUGACUACACGUGCCCCAACCUGCCCUUCGGGGACAUCCAGCCCUCCCUGGACCAGACCAUGGCCGCCGCCUUUGGUGCUCCGGGACUCUCGGUCCCCAACAUCCAUGGAGCCCUGGCCCCGCUAGCCAUCCCCUCGGCAGCGGCAGCCGCAGUGGGCCGCAUCGCCAUCCCUGGCCUGGUGGGGGCAGGGAACUCGGUCCUGCUCGUCAGCAACCUCAACCCCGAGAGAGUCACACCCCAAAGCCUCUUUAUUCUUUUCAGCAUCUACGGGGACGUGCAGUGGGUGAAGGUCCUGUUCAACAAGGAGAACGCCCCGGUCCAGAUGGCCAACGGUAGCCAGGCCCAGCUCACCAUGAGCCACCUGAACGGGCACAAGCUGCUCUGGAAGCUGAUCCGCAUCAUGCUCUCCAAGCAUCAGAGUGUGCAGCUGCCCCGUGAGGGCCAGGAGGAUCAGGGACUCACCAAGGACUACAACAACUCGCUGCUGCACUGCUUCAAGAAGCCUGGCUCCAAGAACUUCCAGAACAUCUUCCCUCCCUUGGCCACCUGGCACCUCGCCAACAUCCCGCCCUCGGUGUCUGAGGAGGACCUCAAGAUCUUGUUCUCCAGUAAUGGGGGGAUCGUCAAGGGCUUCAAUUUCUUCCAGAAAGACCGCAAGAUGGGGCUGAUCCAGAUGGCCUCGGUGGAGGAGGCCAUCCAGGCGCUCUUCGACCUGCACAACCACGACCUGGGCGAGAACCACCACCUGCAUGUCUACUUCUCCAAGUCCACCAUCUAG